AUGAGUACGAUAGAAGCUAAAGAAAACCAAGAAAACCUUAUUCUAGACGAAGUUACUGGGGAAAGAGUAUCUAAAAGUGAAUUCAAAAGACGUCUUAAAAAGAGAGAAAAAGAGGAAAAGAAGGCAACAACUUCUACAGCUACAGUAAAAGUCGAGAAAGGGGAAAAUGCUGAAGCUUUAGAAGAAGAUUUAAAUCCAAACCAAUAUUUUGAAAUUCGAUCUAAGCUAGUUCGAAAACUUCGAGAAUCUCAUAAUCCAAGUCCUUAUCCGUAUAAAUUCCAUGUAGAUAUUUCCAUUCCAACCUUUAUUAAAAAAUAUGAAAAUCUUGAACCGGGACAACAUUUGGAUGAAGUGGUUCAUGUAGCUGGCAGAAUUCAUAAUAAAAGAGCAAGUGGUGCUAAAUUAAGAUUUUAUGAUUUGCACUCUGAAGGUGUUAAAAUUCAAAUCAUGGCUCAAGCACAAGACUCAGAAAGAGAUUUUAAUGAAGUUCAUGAUAUACUUCGGCGUGGUGAUAUCGUGGGAGUAUAUGGAUGUCCAGGAAAAUCCAAACGUGGAGAAUUAUCUAUUUUUCCUAAAGAUAUUAUACUUCUCUCGCCUUGCCUACGCAUGUUACCUAAAGCACAUUAUGGAUUUAAGGAUCAGGAAACACGGUAUCGGCAACGAUAUUUGGAUUUGAUUAUGAAUAAUAAUGUUCGAGACAAAUUUAUAGUUAGAUCCAAAAUUAUUAAUUAUGUCAGAAAGUUCUUGGAUGAUCUUGAAUUUCUUGAGGUGGAAACACCUAUGAUGAAUAUGAUUGCAGGUGGUGCAACAGCCAAACCAUUUAUCACUCAUCAUAACGAUCUUAAACUUGAUUUGUUCAUGAGAGUGGCACCAGAAUUAUACUUGAAGAUGUUGAUUGUCGGUGGAUUGGAUAGAGUUUAUGAGAUUGGACGUCAGUUUCGUAAUGAAUCAAUUGACUUAACACACAACCCAGAAUUUACAACAUGUGAAUUUUAUAUGGCGUAUGCUGACAUGUAUGAUUUGAUGGAGAUUACUGAGAAGAUGUUAUCGGGUAUGAUCAAGUCCAUUAAAGGCGAUUACAAGCUCGUUUAUCAUCCACACGGACCUGAUGGACCAGCAAUGGAUAUAGAUUUCACACCGCCUUUUAAACGGUUUAAUAUUAUUGAAACAUUGGAAACAAAAUUGAAUGUCAAGUUUCCGCCGGCUUCUGAAUUGCACACUGAAGAAACUAACAAGUUUCUUUUAGAGCUUUGUAAAAAACAUGAAGUUGAAUGUUCGUCACCAAGAACCAACUCAAGAUUAUUAGAUAAACUUGUUGGAGAUUUUAUUGAAGUUGAUUGUGUGUCACCAACGUUUAUUGUUGGACAUCCACAAAUGAUGUCACCAUUAGCCAAGGGUCAUCGAGAUAUUCCUGGACUUUGUGAACGAUUUGAAUUGUUUGUGGCGACCAAAGAAAUAUGCAAUGCCUAUACUGAAUUAAACGAUCCAUUUGAUCAACGAGACCGUUUUGAGGAACAAGCGCGUCAGAAAGAACAAGGUGAUGAUGAAGCACAACUUAUUGAUGAGACUUUUUGUACAAGUUUGGAAUAUGGAUUACCUCCAACUGGUGGAUGGGGAAUGGGAAUUGAUCGUCUUACCAUGUUUUUAACCGAUAGCUCUAAUAUCAAAGAGGUUUUACUUUUCCCUGCAAUGAAACCAAUUGAAGAAAAAACAGAUAAAGCUUAA